ACAGGACUCCGAAGCCCAUGAAGAGCGAGGCCACCAACGAGAUCAGCAGCUCCUUGUAGAUGUCCCGCGUAUACUUGGUGGAUGUCACCUCGUAGCUGCACGACCGAGGUUAAGGAUGGGAAUCCACGGCCUGGCCAAGCUCAUUGCGGAUGUGGCCCCUGGGGCCAUCCGGGAGAACGACAUCAAGUCGUACUUCGGGCGGAAGGUGGCCAUCGACGCCUCCAUGAGCAUCUACCAGUUCCUGAUUGCUGUGCGCCAGGGCGCCGACACGCUCCACAACGAUGAGGGCGACACCACCAGCCACCUCAUGGGCAUGUUCUACCGCACCAUCCGCAUGGUGGAGAAUGGCAUCAAGCCUGUGUACGUGUUUGAUGGGAAACCCCCGCAGCUGAAAUCGGGGGAGUUGGCCAAGCGCACGGAGCGCCGGGCCGAGGCGGAAAAGCAGCUGCAGGAAGCACAGGAGGCCGGCGAGGAGGAGAAUGUGGAGAAGUACAGCAAGAGGCUGGUCAAGGUGACUCCGCAGCACACCCAGGAGUGCAAGAAGCUGCUGGAGCUGAUGGGGAUUCCCUACGUGGAGGCGCCCGGAGAGGCAGAAGCUAGCUGCGCCGUGCUGGUGAAAGCCGGGAAGGUGUACGCGGCAGCCACGGAGGACAUGGACUGCCUGACCUUCGGCAGCCCCGUGCUCAUGCGGCACCUCACGGCCAGCGAGAACAAGAAGCUACCCAUCCAGGAAUUUCACCUGAACCGGAUCCUGCAGGACCUGCAGCUCACCUGGGAGCAGUUUGUGGACCUGUGCAUCCUGCUGGGCUGUGACUACUGCGCCAGCAUCCGCGGCAUCGGGCCCAAGCGCGCCGUGGAGCUCAUCCGGGAGCACAAGUCCAUCGAGAAGAUCGUGCAGCAGCUUGACACCAAGAAGUACCCGCUACCCGAGAACUGGCCGCAUAAGGAGGCCCAGAAGCUCUUUCUGGAGCCUGAGGUGGUGGAUCCCGACACUGUGGAGCUGAAGUGGAGCGAGCCGGAUGAGGAGCGGCUCGUGCAGUUCAUGUGUGGGGAGAAGCAGUUCAGCGAGGAGCGGAUCCGCAAUGGCGUGAGGAGGCUGAGCAAGAGCCGCCAAGGCAGCACCCAGGGCCGCCUGGAUGACUUCUUCAAGGUCACUGGUUCCAUCAGCUCAGCCAAGCGGAAGGAGCCCGAGCCCAAGGGAUCAACCAGGAAGAAAGCCAAGCCCAGCUCAAAGCCUAGCACUGCUGCAAAGGCUAAAAAGUAGAAAUGAUGGGGUUGGGUGCCCACAAACUGCUGGGAUUGGGGGUUUUUGAGGGGCUUUUUUUUUUUUUUUGAGAGUUUUAGGCUAACGACAAGCAGUUAGUGCUAGAAAGGAAUGGAGGAGGCUGGGAGAGGGGAGAGCUGGAGCAGCUUCUGGGCAUAAACACUUCCAGAGUUAAGAAUUCCAGCUGCAGAGCAAACCAGGGACGAAUCAGAUUAGCCCAAUCCCUGCCAUCCCAAAAGAGGUACGAUGGGAGUGGAAGGCAAACUGGAAUUGGGAAGGAGGCUUCAAAUAAUGAGGUAAAAUUUUUUCUUUGAUGGGAGUUUAUUUAGGUUUUUCUUUCUCGUAUUCACUUUCCUUAUUUAAAAUCUAGUUGUGAUCCCAAUUUCAGCCAAAUCCUGGCCUGCUCUUAGUACACAAUCCGAGGAAAGCUGGGCCUAGGCUGCAGCUCUCCCAGCCUGAAUCUUGCUUAAAAAUGUUUAAAAAUAAAAUUAUCCAAGAGCCUAGAAAAGCAGCCUCUUCACUCCCUGAAUUCCAGAGGCGUCAUUCUGGUUGUGCACACUGACAGAAAAAUUUCCAGGGCUGGAAAUUAAAAGCUACAACCUUUUUUAUUUCUUAUUUAAUUCUGUAUUUUCUGUAGUUUUGUUACUUGUUGGAGCCACGUGCAGUGUUUUGUUUCUGGAAUAAAAUGCAAGAGCAAAGAC